CAAGACAUCCCACCAUUUUCAUAGACCCAAAUUUCUUCUACUCCGACUGAUUCUCAAUGGAUAGCUCAGUUGCUCCGGUCACCGUCGACCAUGACCAUAAAAAUCCCAGCAACCUAUCUUCUCAAAAACACCCCUCCAAAGGAGGAUGGAACGCCGCCGUUUUCGUCAUCUUUGUCGAGAUGGCCGAGCGGUUUGCUUUCUACGGUUUAGCCGGAAACCUGAUAUCAUACCUCACGAAUAAUCUCGGCGAACCGGUGGCCACCGCCGCCAAGAACGUCAAUACGUGGGUCGGUGUCUCCGCCGUAUUCCCUUUGCUCGGAGCGUUCAUCGCGGAUUCGUACCUCGGUCGAUUCAAGACCAUCCUAGCGUCCUCUUUGAUCUACUUCUUGGGGAUGGUGUUAUUGAGCUUGUCGGUGUCGGUAAUCCCCAUGCAUUGCCGGAAGGCUGUGUUCUUCACCGCGCUUUACCUAUUAGCUGUAGGCGAAGGAGGCCAUAAGCCAUGCGUUCAGACCUUCGCAGCUGAUCAAUUCGAUGAGAAUAAUCCACAAGAAAAAGCGUCCAAAAGUUCAUUUUUCAACUGGUGGUACCUUGGGAUCGUUACCGGAGCCUCGGUCGCCAUUGUUGUUGUCAUUUAUCUCCAGGACAAUGUUAGUUGGGCAGCGGGAUUUGGGGUGUUAGCAGGGUCACUGGCGGUGGCAUUGGCGGUGUUUUUGAUCGGAAUCAAGAGGUACCGAAAGCAGCGGCCGACGGGAAGCCCCUUCACCACGAUUGCUCAGGUCUUCGUUGCUGCCGCAAAGAAGUGGCGCGUGACUGAAACCCACGGUGGCAGGGGAAUUUGUAACGAGGAUGAUAGAAAGAGCGGGAGUGACGUUGAUGGUCAAACCAGGAGUCACAAUUUGGCCCGUACCAAGCAGUUCAGAUUUUUGGAUAAGGCAAUGAUCAUUGACAACAAGGAUUGCAUGAGCAGAACCAAGGAUCCAUGGCGGCUAUGUUCAUUGAACCAAGUUGAGGAAGUAAAGCUUGUACUUCGCCUCAUCCCCAUAUGGCUUGCUUGCUUAAUGUUUAGUGCCGUGAUAACCCAAUUACACACAUUUUUCACCAAGCAAGGCGCCACAAUGUUGAGAUCAAUAGGUCCCAAUUUCCAAGUCCCCCCUGCAGCACUCCAAAGCCUCGUCGGCCUCACAAUCCUCAUCGCCGUCCCGGUUUAUGAUCAGGUUUUAGUCCCCAUCGCUCGAAAAAUAACCGGACAUCCCUGCGGAAUCACAAUGCUGCAAAGAAUCGGCACCGGUCUAUUCAUUUCCAUAAUGACCAUGGUUGUCGCAGGCCUAGUAGAGACGGCUAGGGUAAACACCGCGAGCAAGAACGGCCUACUCGACACCCCGAAAGCCAUAGUCCCGAUGAGCAUAUGGUGGUUAAUUCCACAAUACGUACUCACUGGGAUCGGUGACGUCUUCACAGUCGUCGGAUUACAAGAACUGUUCUACGACCAAAUGCCGGAAGAAAUGAGAAGCAUCGGAGCAGCUGCGUAUAUAAGUGUAGUGGGAGUUGGGAGCUUUGUAAACACAGCCAUAAUCUCGGUGGUUCAAGCCAUUACUUCAAGGCAUGGGGAUGAAUGGCUGGGAGAUAACAUGAACCGGGCAAAUCUUAAUUACUUUUAUUGGGUAUUGGCCGGUUUGAGUGGGGCUAAUCUGUGUGUUUAUAUGUGGAUUACUAAGGGUUUUGUUUAUAAAAAAGUGGAAAAUAAUGAUCAAGCAAUUAGUGAUGAGGGGAAGGAACUGGAAAUGGGAGGCUAUUUGGAGGCAAAAGUAUGAAAUUUGGGGCCAUUUGUAUGUAAUAUAUAUUUCUUAGGAAGUA